GUUCAAAGGACAAAAUGGUUUGGGUUUUGGUUGUAUAUAAACUUUAACGCUAUGUUAUAAACUAGCCCUUGAUGAUAAAACUUUAAUAUUUGUUUAGAAGAUAAGAGCUGGGAUAUUUGCUGUUACCGUAUGCUCUUGCAUUACACGUUCAAUAACUUAACAAAUCGUUUGUUCAUCCUAAUUUUAAAACAGUAAUGGAAUGUCUAUAAUUAGAAAUGACACGAAUAUUUCCCAAUCAGCGUUUGCUUGAUCCCACAUUAGUAAUUUGUUGUAAAACGCAGCGUUUAGAGAAGAAAACAAAAAAAAAAACUCGGCGUCCAUAUAAAAGAAUCUGUCAGUUUUCUUAAACUACAUGUUGUUUGGCCUAUUCAAACGACAACACUAUGCUGUUUUCUCGCGUAAAUCUUAUUUUUCUUGUCGUCUCUCUCUCACGUUGAUCCAAAAAAGUGCUGAAGAACAGAACAAACAAAAAAAAAGAACAGAACAAACAAAAAAAAAGAACAGAACAGAACAAAAAAAAAAAAAAAGAAGCUGUCGUGACUCGUGAUCUGCCAUAUCUCGGCAGUGUCCGAGCUUGCGUCAGCGUCACCAUUAUCUCUCUCUCUUAUCUCGUCGCGAUUCCUUAUGCAAUCCAUGAUUUAAUUAUUCUUUCUCUCUCUUUCCCUCCUCUGUUUCUGAUUGCUUCUCUGUUCCCAAGUAAAGUCCUCUGUUUUACGUUUCCUCUUGCUUCUCGAUUCAGUUUCUAAUGGAUCGUAUAAGCAACGAAGCCAAUGUAGAUCCCUUCUCAAUCGGACCAACAUCCAUCAUUGGUCGAACCAUCGCCUUCAGAGUCUUGUUCUGCAAGUCAAUAACACAGCUCAGACGCGAUCUCUUUCGCUUCUUCCUCCAUUGGUUCCGUACAUUAAAGCUGGUUAUUACACCCUUCGUGUCGUGGUUCCACCCCCGGCAAAACCCGCAAGGGAUCUUAGCCGUCGUCACAGUCAUCGCCUUCGCGCUAAAACGUUACACGAACGUGAAGAUAAAGUCAGAGAUGGCUUACCGAAGAAAGUUCUGGAGGAACAUGAUGCGCGCGGCUCUGACUUACGAGGAAUGGUCUCACGCCGCUAAGAUGCUGGAGAAGGAGACAACAACAACUUCGAAGACGUUAAACGAGUCUGAUCUUUACGACGAAGAGCUGGUUAAGAACAAGCUCAACGAGCUUCUCCACCGUCGCCAAGAAGGUUCCCUCAGAGACAUCAUGUUCUGCAUGAGAGCCGAUCUCGUGAGGAACCUCGGUAACAUGUGUAACUCUGAGCUUCACAAAGGAAGGCUCCAGGUUCCUAGGCUUAUCAAAGAGUAUAUAGACGAGGUCUCUACUCAGCUGAGAAUGGUUUGUAACAACUCUGACUCCUCAGAGGAUCUUUCUUUAGAUGAGAAGCUUUCUUUUAUGCACGAGACGCGCCACGCCUUUGGUAGAACGGCUCUGCUUCUAAGCGGCGGUGCCUCUCUCGGGGCGUUUCACGUAGGAGUGGUCAAGACUCUUGUCGAGCACAAGCUCUUGCCUCGGAUCAUCGCUGGCUCUAGCGUCGGCUCGAUAAUCUGCUCGGUCGUUGCCUCGAGGUCCUGGCCCGAGCUGCAAGGCUUCUUCGAGAACUCUCUGCAGUCCUUACAGUUCUUUGACCAGCUCGGAGGCGUUUUCACGAUCGUGAAACGUGUCAUGACGCAAGGGGCGUUACACGAUAUCAGACAGCUGCAGUGCAUGCUUAGGAGCCUCACGUGCAACCUCACGUUCCAAGAGGCUUAUGAUCUAACGGGGAGGAUACUUGGGAUAACGGUUUGCUCCCCGAGGAAGCACGAGCCGCCACGGUGUCUUAACUAUUUGACUUCGCCUCAUGUUGUUAUAUGGAGCGCGGUGACUGCUUCUUGCGCCUUUCCUGGUCUCUUUGAGGCUCAGGAGCUGAUGGCUAAAGAUAGAAGUGGAGAGAUUGUGCCGUAUCAUCCACCUUUUAAUUUGGAUCCUGAAGAAGGUACUACUGAACCGUCUGCACGCAGGUGGAGAGAUGGUAGCUUGGAGGUUGAUUUGCCGAUGAUGCAGCUUAAGGAGCUGUUUAAUGUUAAUCAUUUUAUUGUGAGCCAAGCUAAUCCUCACAUUGCUCCGUUGCUGCGUAUAAAGGAUUUGGUUCGAGCUUAUGGUGGUAGAUUCGCUGCCAAGCUUGCGCAUCUAGUGGAGAUGGAGGUUAAACAUAGAUGCAACCAGAUACUAGAGCUUGGCUUUCCACUCCGUGGACUCGCAAAGCUCUUUGCUCAAGAGUGGGAGGUGGUUUGUAACAGUUGUAAUGAAUGCCACUCUUGCUCAUACUCAAAGAUUAUACAAAACCCUACUCACGUAGAGCUUCAGAAAGCGGCUAAACAAGGAUCAAGAGUGAUUGUUGCAUUGAAAGCAGUCAUUCUUGGCUACGGUUUUUGCCCGAUUGAACAUGGCAGCAUUGAUGCCUGUGCUUUGCAAGGUUUUGAGAUUAACCACACAGUGGGCUUGCCUUUCCACUGGGACUCGCAAAGCUCUUUGUCAAGAUAUUCAAAGAUUAUACACUUAGAGAGCUUCAGAAAGCGGCUAAAGGAAGAGGUGCAUGGGGAGAAGCUUUCAGCCAUUAAAGCAAACUGCGGGAUCGAGCUUGCGCUUGAUGAGUGUGUAGCUGUCCUUAACCAUAUGCGUAGGCUCAAGAGAAGUGCCGAGAGAGCCGCUUCGUCUCAUCACGGUUUGGCUUCAACCACUAGGUUCAAUGCUUCUAAAAGAAUCCCUUCUUGGAACGUUAUUGCAAGAGAGAACUCUACUGGUUCUCUUGAUGAACUAGUCGCCGACUGUAAUCUCAGGAACUUGAGUGAUAGUGAAACGGAGAGCGUGGAGUUGAGUUCCUGGACAAGAACUGGUGGGCCUUUGAUGAGAACAGCUUCUGCUAAUAAGUUCAUUGAUUUUGUUCAGAGUCUUGAUGUCGACAUUGCAUUGGCCAGAGGGUUUAGUAGCAGCCCCAGUUCUCCCGCGGCAAACACUUCAAGCAUAACGGUUACUGAAGGUGAUUUUCUACAGCCUGAGAGAACGAGUAACGGUAUUGUGUUGAACGUUGUUAGAAGAGAAGACUUGGGAAUGUCUGUCGAGAACCAGAACACUGAGCUGCCGGAGAGUGUGCAGCUUGACAUACCUGAGAAGGAGAUGGAUAAUUGCUCUGAAUCAGAACAUGAAGUGGAUGAAUGAUGAAGAAUACCAACAUAACGGGUCGGUUACUGUAUCUUCAGACGAUUCAGGUUUACAAGAACCGGUGUCUGGUAUUUGAAUGGAGUGUCACCUAUUCAUUUAUUGUGUUGAAAUAUAUCUGUAGAUUUCCGGAAAAAAGAAUAUUGAAUAAUCAUGUUCAAUUUAUUUACAUAAUUUUAGCUUA